CAGGACACCUCCGAGCCUCACUUCCUCAUCUGUAGAAUGGGGACCCUCUGGUGCCUCCCUUCCUAACUGCCGUGGUGCCUGCCGUGCGCCCCCCUUAGUCGUCACCGACUUGUGUCAUCCGUGCUGAGCACAGAGAGGUUUCCGCGAACACGUGAAUGAGCCGGAUGCCAGCCGCUGCCCCCCGGUGCCCAGCCUGAGAAGGAGGCGCUGCCCGCCCGCCUGCCCGCCGCUGGCAUGCCCGGCCAGCCCUCGGCCUGAGCCCGGCGGCCCCCGCCCCCGCCCCUCGCCACCCUGCACUGCCCCGGCUCCCCCGAGGCCCCCACACUGCAGUGCGGCCGGGCCCCCUCCCCGCAGGGGCCGCCCCCCUCCGGUGCCCGGGGCGGCCCGGCCCGCAGGGCCAUGAAGCUGCAGGCCGUGAUGGAGACGCUCCUGCAGCGGCAGCAGCGGGCGCGCCAGGAGCUGGAGGCCCGGCAGCCACCACCCGAGCCCCCCGCCGGCCCCCUGGCCCGCGCCCGGGCCGCCCCGGACGAGGACAGAGAGCCCGAGAGCGCACGGAUGCAGCGGGCACAGAUGGCCGCGCUGGCCGCCAUGCGGGCCGCCGCCGCGGGCCUCGGACACCCACCCAGCCCCAGUGGCUCCGAGGACGGGCCCCUCGGCUCAGAGGACGAGGACGCGGCCCCGGAGGGGUCACCAGGCUCGCCCGCCCCGCCCGGCCGAGGCAGGGAGGCGCCGGGACACGCCGAGGGCGACAGGCACUUCGAGGAUGUGGGCUCCGAUGACGACCUGAAGCAGAGAUGGGAGGAGGAGGAGGAGGAGGAGGAGCUGGAGGAAGAUCUGGGAGACGAGGAGGAGGAGGAGGAGGAGGAAGAGGAGGAGGACUACGAGGACGAGGAGGGGCUCGGCCCCCCCGGCGCCGCCGGCCUGGGCCCCGCGGCCCUGUUCCCCCGAAAGGCGCAGCCGCCCCAGGCCUUCCGCGGCGACAGCGGGGCCCGCGCGCUGGGUGGCCUGGAGCGGGCCGGAGCUGGCCCGGCACCCCCGGGAGGGGCUGCCCACGUGGCGCCCCAGCUGCAGCCGCCCGACCACGGGGACUGGACGUACGAGGAGCAGUUCAAGCAGCUCUACGAACUGGACGGGGACCCCAAGAGGAAGGAGUUCCUGGACGACCUGUUCAGCUUCAUGCAGAAGCGAGGGACGCCCGUGAACCGCAUCCCCAUCAUGGCCAAGCAGGUGCUCGACCUGUUCAUGCUGUACGUGCUGGUGACGGAGAAGGGCGGCCUGGUGGAGGUCAUCAACAAGAAGCUGUGGCGCGAGAUCACCAAGGGCCUCAACCUGCCCACGUCCAUCACCAGCGCCGCCUUCACCCUGCGGACCCAGUACAUGAAAUACCUAUACCCCUAUGAGUGUGAGAAGCGGGGCCUCAGCAACCCCAACGAGCUCCAGGCCGCCAUCGACAGCAACCGGCGGGAGGGCCGGCGCCAGAGCUUUGGGGGCUCCCUCUUUGCCUACUCGCCGGGCGGGGCCCACGGCAUGCUGUCCUCACCCAAGCUGCCCGUGUCCUCCCUGGGCCUGGCCGCCAGCACCAACGGCAGCUCCAUCACCCCAGCCCCCAAGAUCAAGAAGGAGGAGGACUCAGCUAUCCCCAUCACGGUCCCCGGCCGCCUGCCGGUCUCCCUGGCAGGCCACCCUGUGGUGGCGGCCCAGGCAGCAGCAGUGCAAGCAGCAGCAGCCCAGGCAGCCGUGGCGGCACAGGCGGCCGCCUUGGAGCAGCUCCGGGAGAAGCUGGAGUCCGGGGAGCCUCCGGAGAAGAAGAUGGCCCUGGUGGCCGACGAGCAGCAACGGCUGAUGCAGCGGGCCCUGCAGCAGAACUUCCUGGCCAUGACCGCCCAGCUGCCCAUGAGCAUUCGCAUCAACAGCCAAGCCUCCGAGAGCCGCCAGGACUCGACCGCGAGCGUGCCCGGCAGCAACGGUGGCAACAGUAUUAGCAUGUCUGUGGAGAUCAACGGGAUCGUGUACACAGGAGUGCUGUUUGCCCAGCCGCCGGCCCCCACGCCGCCCGCGGCCCCCAGCAAAGGCAGCGGUGGCGGCAGCCGGGGAGGACACGCUGGGACCGGCAGCAGCGCGGGCGGCCAGGCCGGGCCAGCGGGGUCAUCCGGCUCGGCCACGUCUUCUACCUCAACUAACUCAUUGCCUUAACCAGCCCCCCACGCCCACCCGGGGCCCGCCAGGCCGGGCAGGGGAUCAGGUGGGCCCCGCGGGCCGGGCCGGCGGCAGAUACGGGUGGGGGGAGACACCCACCACCGAGCCACAGCUAGCGCCAAAAAGAGAAAGAAAAUAUAUACGUCUAUAUAUAUAAAGAAGAUUUAAUAAAACAGGGGGCGACCAAGGAACACUUGAAUUACUCAGGUUUCGGACAUUCAGAGAGCAGCGGAGGAGAUGGGAAGAGAGGGGGGCUGUUCCCGCGGCCCCGGGGGCCCCACUUGGACUGGACUCGGGGGUCCGGGUCGGCCCCGUCGCGAUGUCGGGCCGAUCCUGUUUACCUCAUACAUCCCUGCACUGCGUGUUUUCAUUUUUGCCUGUUUUUUCCGCUUUUAUUUUGUAUUAUUUUCUCCAUCGCACACUCGCACACCCAGCUCCUUGUGGUGAAUGAAGCCCCUGAGCC